AUGGAUUUUCCGAUUUCGUUCAGAAAAAGUCAACAGUCUUCGGCAGUAGCGAAUCCGCAAAUGGCAGGAAAGAACCAAGCCACAAAGACUGCACCGCAUCAAAACGCUCCAAGACCAGGUCUUCCAGGACCAGAGUUUUAUACAUACGUCAGCAGAGAGAAGAUAAGGGCGCUGGUUGUUUUGAGCGAGUUGGAUGUGGAAAAGUUCAUACGUCUUCUAGAAGUGGAGUGCGUUUUGAUACACUAUAAAGUGCCCGACCAUUUGCGUAAGUUCAUGAUUCAAGCAGUGAAAGACUGUAUAGAUAAGCGCAUAUUGGCAAAGACAACGAAGGCGUGA